UGGACGCUCUCAAGUCAUUGCCUCAGUUCAUAUCAAGGUUCCCACACAAGGGUUUGAGCGCCUUGAUAGACACACAGAGAUGUUGUUUAACUUAAUUCUGUAGUGGUAGGAGGUCUGAGCUCACUGAUGCAGCCAACCACAAUCAUCAUCCUUCUCCUGAUCUCACAAACAGUGGCAGCUACUCUGUGUGCUUUCUACUGAUACUGAGGCAGGAGAUCAGGCUGAAUCCUCUCGGAGGUCGUCCUGUUUGGAACACGCUAAAAGCUUCAUGAGGAUCAUUUCAGCAUCUGAAUCUGGGGGGCAGCACUGAGGCCAAUACUCACCUGUGAAGCUGACUGAACAGAUGAGAGAUGAGAUCCUCACUUACUGUAGUGACGCUGUGCAGGUGGAUCCUUGUGGUGUUUAUCUUCGUGCAGCAGCUCAGCGCAGGGGAUGUUGAGCAGCUGUGUCAAGGUAGAAACUGCUCUGUAUGUCGGUGUCAUCCCGCCAAAGGUGCACGGGGGUCUCCAGGGAAGCCGGGGGAGCAAGGCCCCCAGGGACCAAUGGGACCUUGGGGACACAGAGGGCCACCUGGAGACAAAGGCAGGAGGGGAAUAGAGGGAUCACACGGCCUUGAGGGGCCCAAAGGAGACCGUGGCAAGACUGGUGCACCUGGUUUCUCUGGUAACGACGGCUCUUUAGGUCACCCUGGGGCAGGUGGAGAGCCUGGUUUGCCAGGACUGGAUGGCUGUAAUGGGACAAUGGGUCGACCUGGAGUUCCUGGUACUCAUGGUUUGGACGGUCUGAACGGUCCGCUGGGAUUUCCUGGACUUAAAGGAAUUAAAGGAGAACCACUGUAUGGUGUUACCCUUCCUGGACUUCCUGGGGAGCGUGGCAGAGAUGGAGAGCAUGGUUUACCUGGAGGACGAGGACUCAUGGGACCUAAAGGCCAUGAUGGCUUCUCUGGUCCUCCUGGACCUGAGGGCUCGGUAGGACGUGAAGGUGUCAGAGGACCACCAGGAAACCCUGGAGGAUCACUGGCAGGUGAUAAAGGCGAUGGUGGUGAGCAAGGUCCACCUGGCCCCCCAGGACCAGAGGAAGUCAUUGAAUUUCCUCUAGACUUUCUUCCACUCAAAGGCUACAAGGGAGACAGAGGUCUUCCUGGACCAUGUGGACCAAAGGGCAACAUGGGGGAUAUAGUAGACUUUAACAGACAAAGAAAUAAAGGAGAGCAAGGAAUCCUUGGAUUUCUUGGACUUCCGGGUCUUCCUGGUAUUCCUGGUAUAGAUGGACAAAAGGGACCUCAGGGUUUCUAUGGAGAGGAAGGACUUCCAGGUCUCAUUGGAAGAACUGGACCAAAGGGUUACCCAGGAGAUUCAGGUCUUCCCGGUCCCCUUUACUUAUAUAAUGGAAGUGAUGCCAGAGGAGCUAAAGGUGAACAUGGUUACCAAGGGGCAUCUGGAAUCCCAGGAGACCAGGGGUACCCGGGGAUGCGAGGACCUCCUGGCCCACCAGGGUUAACAGUAUCAGAGGAGCCAGGCCUUCCUGGUCCACCUGGGCACCCCGGUCCGAAGGGCUACAAAGGACAACCAGGGCGUUAUAACAACUUUGAAAUGAAUCCGUUCCUGGGACCAAAGGGAACUAAAGGACUCACUGGACCCAAAGGUGGUAGAGGCCUCCCUGGUCGGCCAGGAUGUGGAGAUUACUACUGUGAGCCUGGUGUCCCAGGCGACCCUGGUGACCCAGGAUUCAAGGGAUCUCGUGGACAGAAAGGACGCGAAGGAAUUAAAGGGUGUCAAGGGGAAUGUGAAUGUAGGUUUGUUGUGGGAAGCGUAGGCCUGCCUGGUCCACCUGGUUAUCCAGGAUCUCCAGGGUUUCCUGGAGCUCAAGGACUCAUUGGGGACCCAGGUCUGAAGGGAGACGAGGGUGCAAGAGGACCAUAUGGCUUUCAAGGAAUUCCUGGUUUUAAAGGAGACAAGGGGCCGAAAGGUGACUCUUUUGUGGCAAGUGGUCAAGGUGUCCAGGGUGACAGAGGAUUUCCUGGAAAUACUGGUCCUCCUGGAGCAACAGGUAGGCCAGGAAAGGAUGGCCUCCCUGGCCCCUCAGGAGACCCUGGACCACCAGGUUAUGGAUAUGCAGGAUUACCUGGUACCAAAGGUGACCCUGGUGUUGUUGGACCCAAAGGUUUUCCAGGGAUUGUAGGCACCAAAGGACCUGGUUUUCCAGGCCCUACAGGGCCCCCAGGACCCAAAGGAGAUCAUGGUUAUCCUGGCACCCCAGGAGUAACUGGCAGACCAGGACCUCCAGGUGAAAUUGAAAAUUGCUGUGAUGAAGAAGCGAUUGGAUCACCUGGUCCAAAGGGUGAGCCAGGCACCCCAGGAAUUCCAGGUGAGCCAGGAAUACACGGUCUCCAGGGAGUUCCAGGACACCUAGGCCUUAAAGGAUUGAGAGGAGAUGAUGGUGGAACUGUAGGGGUUGGACUGCCAGGACCUCCAGGUUUAAACGGGGAUCCAGGUGACCCUGGUCCCUAUGGGAUUAGGCUGGAUGGCCCUCCAGGCAUUCCGGGGAUACCAGGACUCCCAGGCAGAAAGGGUUCGACAGGAGACAUUCUCUCUGCCUGUCCGGGUGUUAUUGGCCCAGCUGGCCAACCUGGGGUUAUUGGGACAAAAGGACCUCGUGGCAUUCCUGGAAACCCUGGGUCUCCAGGCAUACAUGGCCGACCUGGACAAACAGGCCACCAAGGAGAGCCAGGAGUCAGUGGUGACCCUGGUGCCACUGGGCCCCCAGGCCCAUCCUGUACUGUAUGUGAACUGGAUGGACUCCCAGGCCCUCCAGGCCCUCCAGGGAACCCUGGACAGAGAGGAAUACCAGGCUACCUUGUUCAGAAGGGUUUGAAGGGAGAUAUGGGUCCACCUGGUCAUGGACUGAAGGGUCUUAUAGGAUCUCCUGGCCUCCCUGGUUUUCCAGGCUCACCUGGACCCAGCGGCACCAUUGGCCCUUCAGGAGAUACUGGGAUUGAUGGCUGGCCAGGGACAAAAGGUGAAAUUGGCUACCCUGGUAGGGCCGGAGCAAGUGGUUUACCAGGUCGUACUGGACCUCCAGGACCCAGAGGUAAACAGGGAGAAAAAGGCUUUACUGGUCAACCAGGUGACACAGGAGACCCAGGACUGCUGGGUAAUAAAGGUUUACGAGGUCUCCCAGGAUUACCAGGCCCAUCAGGACGUGUGAAUAUGACUAAAGGCCCAGAAGGGCUUUCAGGAAGGAGGGGACAACCAGGCCAACAAGGACUUGGAGGCUUAAAGGGUAUAAGGGGAAUACCAGGUGAUUCGGGGCCUGAGGGAUGGCCUGGUCCACCAGGGUUUAAGGGCAGUGUUGGUGUUCCAGGCAGGGUAGGAAUCCCGGGACCUCCUGGGCACCCUGGAAUCAAAGGUUUCCCUGGUCCAAGGGGAUAUACAGGACAUGUUGGAGAUCCGGGAGAUCCAGGGCCUACAGGGAAUAUAGGGAUACAAGGGAUACAGGGAUUGCCUGGUGCCAAGGGUGAGCCAGGAAAGUCAAUUGGACAACCUGGUCCACCCGGACCCAGAGGACUGCCAGGGGAUAAUAGACCUGAUGCACCCAGGAGGAGUCCAGGUGAUUCAGGUGACCCAGGACUCAGGGGAGGGCCAGGACAGCCCGGACAACCAGGCAUUCCUGGGGAACCAGGAAGACUCGGAGGAUUAGGCUUCCCUGGGCCUCGUGGCACAUCUGGCCAUCAAGGGUUUCCAGGUAUUCCAGGUGAUCAAGGAGGUCUCGGCCCAACAGGUCCAACUGGCCCAAGUGGGCCUCAAGGGCCCCCUGGACCACCAGGUCUGGAUGGAUUGGAUGGACUUAGAGGUCCAAAAGGGUUGAAGGGAGCAAGUGGCCAAGAUAUCCAUGGCCCGCAAGGACUAGAUGGUUUUCCUGGAGUCAAAGGUCUGAAGGGCCAUCAAGGACCCCCAGGAGUCACCUUUCCUGGGCCUAAAGGUCUGACGGGCCCACCUGGUGACACAGGUCUUCCAGGCUUCCCUGGCGAACCUGGAUACCCUGGCACAGAAUGCCGCACACCUUCACCAGGACCCCAUGGAGAUGUAGGAUAUGAAGGACCUUCAGGACUCCCAGGUCUUCCAGGGGAACGAGGUCCUCCAGGCACAUCCUUCAGUGGAGACCGAGGACCAACUGGCCCCCCAGGGUUAACAGGUUGUAAGGGAGCCAUGGGCCACCAAGGGCCUCCUGGAUCUCACAACAAUCCAGGCUUUAUCGGUCCAAAAGGUGAGAGAGGUCCCAUUGGUCCCAGGGGUGCUCAAGGAACCAAUGGUCAGCAAGGUUUCCCUGGGCCACGGGGCCCUAAGGGAAAAACUGGUACAGCUGGAAAUAGGGGUGUCAGAGGAGCUCCUGGUGAUUCCAUCAGUGGACUAGGGGUGGCUCCUCUCGGACUUCCAGGACCAAUUGGUUCCCCCGGAUCUCGGGGAUUCCCUGGUGAUGUGGGUCCUCCUGGGACUCCAGGACGUAAAGGAGAGACGGGUUCUGCAGGGCCCAUGGGUGACCCUGGUUUACUGGGUCCUGCUGGUCCUAAUGGCUCUGUUGGAGACCCAGGUGAAGUCGGUCAGCAAGGAUUCAUUGGACCACAAGGUGUUUCAGGCCCACCUGGUGAACAAGGUCAACCAGGUCACAGGAAGAUAUCCAGGUCAGGCCACCUCUUGGUUGUCCACAGCCAGUCAGUGCAGGUGCCACAGUGCCCUGAAGACAGCAGUCAGCUUUGGGUGGGCUACAGUCUGGUGUACCUAGAGGGACAAGAGAAGGCUCACACACAAGACCUGGGCCAGGCUGGCUCCUGCCUCCCUGUUUUCUCUACCAUGCCUUUCUCCUACUGCAACACAGCUGCCUGUCACUACGCCAGCCGCAAUGACAAAUCCUAUUGGCUCUCCACCACUGCUCCCAUACCCAUGAUGCCACUGUUCGGCCAGGAGAUUAGCUCCCACAUCAGCCGCUGUGCCGUGUGUGAGACGGUGUCACCUGCAGUGGCUUUCCAUAGCCAGGAUCACGUGGUUCCUGCAUGCCCGCCUGGCUGGAGGAGUCUGUGGAACGGCUUCUCUUUCCUCCUGCACACAGGGGAAGGUGUUAAUGGCGGUGGCCAGUCUCUGACCUCCUCCGGCAGCUGCCUCAAGGAUUUCAGAACUCACCCCUUCAUAGAAUGCCAGGGCGAGCGAGGCUCCUGUCACUACUUCGCCAACCUCUACAGCUUUUGGCUGACUACUGUGAGUGAGACCGAGCAGUUCAUCAUCCCGAGACCCGGCACCAUCAAAGCAGCCGACAAACAGCGACGCAAGGCCAGCCAGUGUCAUGUCUGCCUCAGAGGCAUAUAACUGUCCUCACAUCACUUUUAGCUGUUACUCUAAGCGUUUCCAUUUUUUAAAACCUAAUUCUGAUUUCCACUCAGGGCCAUAUUUACUGACAGAAAUGUACCUUCAUCUGAACAGCUAUUUUAUACUUUUAUAUUUCCUGUCAUUGUUUUGAAUGAGGUGCUAUUUCUAAUUGAAUCAUCAAUCAUCUUGCUGCUGUACUGUAUUCAUGCACGUUUCCAGAUUAGUGUGGAAAUCAUAACUAAAGCAUUCUUGAGGAGAAAUGUUCAAAACGCUGUCGUCCUUUAUCUAAGUUCU